AGCUUCUUUGGUGAAUAUCAACUAGUUAUGAAAUUCCAUCAUGUGAAUUGACACCUUCAUUUGCAUUUAUCGAUUAUAAAUACAAUAAAAAUGAAUUUUUACCACAUAAGUUUUGUUCUAGCUAGUGUUUUCUGUGUGGCACGAUGCAAUUUAAGGUUACCUACGUUCUUGAAGAUAUGCCACAGAUCAGAUCCGAAUUUGGGAGACUGCAUCAUCGAAUCGGUACACAGAUUGAAGCCACUUUUGGCACAUGGUAUUCCUGAAUUUGGAAUUCCUAGUUGUGAACCUCUCUAUAUUCCUGAGGUGGUUUUAGAUCAAGGUUCUGGAGCUGUAUCAGUCAAUUCUACUUACAGAAAUAUACGAGUCUACGGUCCAUCAAUAUUCACUUUGAAGCAAGUGAAAAUCAAUCUGGACAAGGACCGUAUUCGAAUCAAACUGCACGUACCAUCUCUCUACUUGGAAAGUAAAUAUACCAUGGAAGGAAGAAUCCUGAUGAUGCCCAUCCUGGGUUCAGGAAACUUUUAUGGAAAUUAUUCUGAUAUAGAGGCAAUAGUCAACAUACUAGGACAGAAAGUUAAAAAAGAUAGGGAAAUAUUUUUCAAUAUCAAAGAUUUUUAUAUCGAUUUCAAUAUUGGGCAUGCAACCAUUCAAUUGGACAACUUGUUCGAUGGGGAUCAAGAAUUAGGUGAAGCCAUGAACUUAUUUUUGAAUGACAACUGGAAGAACGUAGCGAAUGAAAUCAAACCAGUUCUUGAAGAUACAAUUGCCAGCUUAUUCAAGAAGUUUUCGAACAAAAUUUACCAUAAGUACCCUCUGUCUGUGUUACUUCCCGAAUACCACUGGUUGAGAAUGAUCGAAAUAAAAAUUUUUUCGUUAUUGGGUGUUUUUCUGGCGUUUAAUUAUGGUGACUGUUAUCAGGUGCAAAGUGUUGCAUUCCCAAAGGAAAAACCUUCCUGGUUGAAGGUUUGCAGAAGGAGUGAUCCACAGCUCAGUCAGUGUAUGUCAGAUCUGUUUUUGAAUUUGUUUCCCCAACUUGCAGUCGGUAUACCGGAACUGAACAUAGAACGCUUUGAGCCAUUGCGACUGGAUAGAGUCUCGAUAAGUAAAGGACAUGGUGCUAUAAUUCUAAAUGGAAGUUUAUACGAUAUGGAUAUUCAUGGACCGUCCAAUACUACUCCUACCUAUACCGAGUUGAACCUUCAAGAAAAGAAGUGGAAUUUCGGCAUCAACAUUCCGUUGUUGGAUAUAAAAGCAAGAUACAAUCUGAGAGGUCACAUUUUGGUUUUGCCUCUUGUUGGAAAUGGCAAUUGCGAUCUGAAACUGUAUGACGUCAAUUCUCAUGUCUUCACCAACUUCAGUAUGCCUAUAAAAGAUGGAAGAGAAAUCGUCCAAAUAGACCAAAUGAAGGUUCAAUUUACUGUGUCAAAUAUGAAGGCUAAGUUUUACAAUCUUUUCAAUGGGAAUAAAGUAUUAGGAGACACUGUGAAUAACUUCAUAAACAACAAUGCUGUGGACAUAAUAAGAGAAUUGGAAGAGAGCAUCAGUUCAAGUAUGGCUGACAUAUUCAUCCACUUAUUGAACAAUAUAUUCAAUAAAUUACCUACUGAUUUCUGGCUAUUGACUGACGAACAAUAUGCAGAAUAUGAGAAGAAAUCUAAGCAAUAAAGCCUUCUGAGGCCCAGUAUUCUGAAUCUGAAGGAGAGGAAAAUGGCCAAGUCCAAGUUAUUUAGUUUUGUACCUAAUUGAAAAUUUUAUCUGUGAUUUAUUAUAUCGAUAAGAAUAUUUUUUGGAUGUAUUUGUAUGUAGAAAAAUAGAGUUUUAAUUUAGG